AUGAAAGCCAAUUUAAGAAAAAAAAUAUGUAAGCAUAAAAACUCACAAGCUCAUUUAAAAGCCCAACAAAUUAUUGAUAAGGGUUCAUGUGAAGUUUUACCUGGACAAUUUUCCAAACUUUCAAGUUUAGAACAUGAAACUACUAGAAAAGUUUUCAGAACUGCUUACUUUAUAGCAAAAAAUCAACGACCAUACACAGAUUUGCCUAAACUUGUGGAUUUACAAACCGUUAACAGUCUAAAUAUGGGUUCUAAAUAUGAAUUCUUCAUACUGAUAAAUCUUGUAACAGUAUAA